AAACAUGCUCAUUUAUAAAUAUUUUCGAUAGCUUUUUUAUGCAAAAUUAUUGAAUAAUAAUUCUAGAAAGAGGCUGAAAAUUUGGCUCCCCUAUUCUCUCUCUCUUCCUUUCUCUCUGGAAUAAAUUCGUUCAUCUGUCUGUCUGUAUAAUCAACAAAAACCCACGUUUCUCUGUCAGAAAUUCUUCAUCAUUUUCAACCAGGGAACAUUAGAGGCAUGAUGUGGGCGGUUCUGAGGCGGAAAGCUGCUUCUGCGGGUUCGUCGAAUCUCGUGAGUUAUGGCAAAAUGCAAUCUUUGGGGAAAGCUCGGCCAGCAUUGGCAGGAUCUAUGUCACAAAGUUAUGCUGAUACGAUCUUGACACCUGAGGCACCAACUCUUGGAAGAAAUCCUAAACUAGCACGUCAAAUUCAUCUAGGUGUUCCCGUUAAUUCAAUGCCUAUAAGGAAUGUUGUCUCAUCAUUAAAAUCAGAUUUUUCAACCCAGAUGUGGAGUCGAUCUUUUUCAUCAGAUAGUGGUGAUUUGGUUGAUGCUGUUGUCCCUUUUAUGGGUGAAUCUAUUAGUGACGGCACUCUGGCAACCUUUUUAAAGAAACCUGGUGAUCGUGUUGAGGUUGAUGAGCCAAUUGCCCAAAUUGAAACUGAUAAGGUGACAAUCGAUGUUGCUAGUCCUGAAGCUGGUGUUAUCCAAGAGUUUGUGGCAAAAGAAGGAGAUACGGUGGAGCCCGGUACAAAGGUUGCGAUUAUAUCAAAAUCAGGUGAAGGUGUGACUACUCAUGUGGCACCAUCUGAGCCGCCUACUCAGGAUGCAGCUGCAAAGGCGGAGAAACCAUCAUCGCCGCCACCACCGCCGCCACCUCCUCAACCUGAAACCCAACCGCCAAAAGCGGCACCUAAACAACCAUCUUCUAAACCUUCGGCCACAGAACCUCAAUUGCCUCCAAAGGAUAGGGAAAGACGGGUACCAAUGACAAGGCUCAGGAAGCGUGUUGCAACACGAUUGAAAGAUUCUCAAAAUACUUUUGCAUUGUUGACUACGUUCAAUGAAGUUGAUAUGACAAAUUUGAUGAAGCUUCGAUCUGAAUAUAAAGAUGCUUUUCUCGAGAAGCAUGGAGUGAAGUUGGGACUCAUGUCUGGAUUUGUGAAAGCUGCUGUUAGUGGACUCCAGAAUCAACCAAUAAUCAAUGCGGUUAUCGAUGGAGAUGACAUCAUAUACAGAGAUUAUAUCGAUAUCAGUAUUGCUGUUGGUACUCCUAAGGGUCUCGUGGUUCCGGUGAUCCGUGACGCUGAGAAAAUGAACUUUGCUGAAAUAGAGAAAACAAUCAACACUCUUGCUAAAAAGGCCAACAAUGGCUCACUGUCGAUUGAUGAGAUGGCUGGUGGUUCAUUCACCAUCUCGAAUGGGGGCGUUUAUGGAAGCCUUUUAAGUACUCCCAUCAUUAACCCGCCUCAGUCUGCUAUUCUGGGUAUGCACUCGAUAGUGAACAAACCGAUGGUAGUUGGGGGUGAAAUCAAAGCUAGGCCUAUGAUGUACGUGGCGUUAACCUAUGACCAUAGGUUGAUAGAUGGUAGAGAGGCUGUGUUUUUCUUGAGACGUAUUAAAGAUGUCGUUGAAGACCCUAGAAGAUUGCUACUUGAUAUCUAAAGAAACACAUGAGCUAACAAAACGCAUGCGUUUCGCUUUCUUUUUGCAAAAAACCAAAUAAAAAACCGUUAAUGUCGGUAGGCUAUUGAGUCACUUUUGAGGAUACAAUUAUCGAACGCUUGUUCAUUCUUGUGCAUUUGAAGCUUUGGGCUCUUGUUUUAUCUAUGUAUGCAGAGAAUGAGCUCUUUUAAGUUUAUGGGAACUUUGGAUCAUUCUUUUUGUCA